GCUGUUCUUUGUCAAAGCUAGGCAUAAACUAUUCAAGGGAUAUAUUUAUAUAGCAAAAACUUACAAAAACAUAUAUCAAAAUUAAAUGGACUUAAAUAUGAAACCUUCGCUUGCAGUCGAUGAGAUGUUCUCAGAGGGCGCCGGUUAUAUGGACAUGGAGGAGUCGGGCAGCGCUACCGGUAUGAUGAUGGAUCAUUUGCCUGCACCAACCAAUGACAAACAUGUACAUGCCGAUUUUUACAAUGAUUUCGAUGAUCUUUUUGAUGAUGAUGACAACUGGGCCAAAAUCCGCCGAACGGGUGAAAAUGCCAAAUAGAUUAAAAACUCGUAGAAUUGUCUAUUUCAUUAGCUGCUUAACUAUAUAAUAAACUUAUUUAAAGA